GGGCAUCCCCAAGGCCUCUCUCACAUCUUGGGAAGAAAGGAAAGGACUGAAAUGCCUGGCAUGGCUCCUCACUCUUCUACUCCCAGCACUCAGAAGGCAGAGACAGGUGGGUCUCUGUGAAUUGGAGGCCAGCCUGGACUACAGAGUGAGUUCCAGGACAGCCAGGGUUACAUAGUGAGACCCUGUUUCAAACAACAAAACUGAGGACCCAAAAGGAAGGCAUGGGUGAUCUUGAUGUUUUCCUCCAGAAUGGAAAACUAAACCUCAAUCUCAAAACCUCAGAAGACUGGAUCUUUAUCUCUGAACAAGAACACCAUUUCUAGGGAGUAAGAGAAGACAUCUUGUCUGGGAAAAAGUAAAGAUGCCUACUGUGUACCCAGAAGACUCUGGCCAGAGCAGGUUGCUGGAGCUCUUUGAACUUUGGGGGAACCAGGGCCAGCAGCUGGCACAGUAGGAUGCCCCCGUGUCCUCCCCAGCAGAACAGGAACAGGUUGUCACAGCUGCCUGUUGGGGAGCUGUGUGAGAUGGAACUGACUUGGCAAGAGAUCAUGUCCAUUACUGAGCUGCAGGGUCUAAAUGUUCCAAGUGAGUCAUCCUUUGAGCCCCAAGUACCCACCCCAUACUCUGGACCGCUGCCACCUCCAACAUACUGCCCCUGUUCAGUUCACCCGGAUACAGGCUUCUCCCUACCUCCCCCAUCUUAUGAGCUCCCAACAUCCACUCCCCCUGUCCCAGACCUCCCAUACUCCUAUGGCAACAUGGCUAUCCCAGUAUCAAAGCCCCUCACUCUUUCAGGCCUGCUGAACGAGCCCCUCCCAGACCCCUUAGCUCUUCUAGACAUUGGGCUGCCAGUGGGGCCACCCAAGCCCCAAGAAGACCCAGAAUCCGACUCGGGAUUAUCCCUCAACUACAGUGAUGCAGAAUCUCUUGAGCUAGAGGGCGCAGAGGCUGGCAGACGGAGGAAUGAGUAUGUGGACAUGUACCCAGUAGAGUACCCUUACUCCCAUAUGCCCAGUUCCUUGGCCCACCCAAACUAUACUUUGCCACCCACAGAGAUACCCUUGGCCUUAGAGUCAUCCUCUGGCCCUGUGCGGGCUAAGCCUACUGUCAGGGGGGAGGUGGGCAGUCGGGAUGAGCGGCGGGCACUGGCCAUGAAGAUUCCCUUCCCUACGGACAAGAUCGUCAACUUGCCUGUAGAUGACUUUAAUGAAUUGUUGGCACAGUAUCCGUUAACAGAGAGCCAGCUGGCUCUAGUACGGGACAUUCGACGGCGGGGCAAGAACAAGGUGGCAGCCCAGAAUUGUCGCAAGAGAAAACUGGAAACCAUUGUGCAGUUAGAGCGGGAGCUGGAGCGGCUGGGCAGUGAGAGAGAGCGGCUUCUUAGAGCACGAGGAGAAGCCGACCGUACUCUGGAGGUCAUGCGGCAACAGCUGGCAGAGCUGUACCACGACAUUUUCCAGCAUCUUCGGGAUGAAUCUGGCAACAGCUAUUCACCCGAGGAAUAUGUACUCCAACAGGCUGCUGAUGGGGCCAUCUUUCUGGUACCCCGUGGGACAAAGACAGAGGCCUCAGAUUGAGUGGGCCUAGAGAAGACCAACAGUGGUGCUAGGCCCUCCCCUAGGUAUUUCCCAACCUCAGGACCAGGAAGAGUUCUCCGACCAAGAGGGCAGGUGUAACCUUAGCAUUUGGAUGUUCCAAGGUAUGUUUGGUGAGGUUUACUUGGAAGCCAGGGAGUGGUCCCACCAUGCCUCUACCUCUUGUCUAAUUGGUCCAUAAAAGAGCUGUGUGGAGAUAAGGUUUCUAUUGUGUCUUCCUUGAGGCUGCCAGAGCUGUUAAGGAAUCCUGAGCUCAUUUGAAGCACAGAAUGUGGGCAUGAGCCCCCCCCCCCCCUUCACACCUCCAACCAGACGCCAUGGAUGUUUUGAGGAACUCCACAGUCCUUGGUGGCCUCCAAUUUACAAAUGACAAGAGUUAUCAAACAGGGCUGCAUCUUCUGUGUAAAGUCUGCUCCCAGUCUCUGGAGCACAUGCAAACACAAAUCCCUACUUUUCUCCUGAUUACCUAUCAUCCUGGGUCUGACCAAGGGGACUGACUGUUCUUGACUAGAAUGAGAUGAAAUAUUCCAGUCAAGUGUGUACUCCUGUGCAGCCUUUUAAAGGCUGUGCACUGAGCCUCCAGAAUGCUAGGUAAGUGAUGAGGUAAUCCCUGGUUGAGACAAAAGCUAUCCAACUCAUGCCAGGGGCUCAUUUCCACCCUUCUAGAUUUGAAACAGGGUAUCAUUAUGUAGACCAAGACAGCUACCAACUCUUAAGUUCCAUUUGCCUGUCUCCAAAGUGCAGAGAUUGUGUACCACCAUAUCCAGCCCACCCCACCUUUUUGUGUAUGAUUGAAUGCAUAUAUUAUAUUCAUGCGGAAACUUAUGGAGGUCAGAAUUGGAGUGCUGGGAACUGUACAGGGUUAACUCUUAAGGUGGGCAAGGUCCCACAGACACCUGUUUUGUGGAAAAUGACCUUGAGCUCCCUCUUCUCGACACCUUGCUGGUGUGCUGCACAACUCCAGCUCAAGAUCCACUUUGUCAAGCAGGGUAGUGGUGGUGCAUGCCUUUAAUCCCAGCACUCGGGAGGCAGAGGCAGGUGGAUCUGUGAGUUCGAGCUCAGCCUGGUCUACUAGAGCUAGUUCCAGGACAGGAACCAAAAGCUACAGAGAAACCCUGUCUCGGGGAAAAAAAAAAAUCCACCUUGUCUUUCUUUUGGAAAAACUGCUCUCAGGAUAAAGGCAGACUCUAGGCCAGGCAAAGAUAUUGUCUUAAACAAAGCUGGGCACUAGUGGCACACCUUUAAUCCCAGCACUAGAAAGGCAGAGGCAGGCAGAUGUAUGCCUAUCAAAUCUAAAAGCACAAUUUCUUUGGCUGUUUUUUCCCAAUCACAUUAUUGGGAUUAUACUUGGAGGAUUUUAGAUGUAGCCUGUUCAUUUACUGCCUCUAUCCUAAGAGGAAAAACAGAGAAUGAGAUCCGAGUGAUGAAGGAUACAGAAACCUUCAUGUUUGCAGACCUCUUCUAAUCUGGGAUUUGUGUGUCAACUUUUGGCCUAGCAAUACUUUCUAUAGAAGCUCACAAAAAAGCAGUAUGAAUAAGAAUAGUGGCCCAAGCAUAUUAUGCUCCCAGUCCUAAGAGGUAAAGGACUGCCAUAAAUCUCUACAUGUUAUCUACAGGUACUACAUUAUCUGUAAGUAUGAUUAAGGCCAGCCAAGGACAGUCUCCAGAAGUGCCCCACCCCAAGAAAAAAAUCAAAAUCCUAUAUGGGUCUCUGGCUGCACAUCAACUUCUGUAUCUACCCCGAGCACAACUACUAUUAUCUCUGCAUUUCCCUUCAUGCUUUGGGUUCCUCACAACACAACUCCCUUACCCACCCAAGCAGAGAUGGUCAAUUUAUUCUUGCUAGGUUCUCAGGGACAUUUGGUGACCAGUCUACUCCCUCAUACAUGAACUCACAAUGCAUCAAUACACAGGCACCCAAAAUGUAACUUAAGGGCCAAAGAAACC